UAACCUCUCUGCUCCGUUUCUUCCUCUCUUUCGUCCCUUUUUUUUCCCCAUUUUUUCCAUUUUUUUUAUAUCGUUCUCUGUUCAUGCUUACUACCUACUCCGACAGUUCCUCAAAGCAGCUGUACAGUUAAAUCAAAGGGAUAUCGAUUGUUAAUUGUUAUAAAAAAGUUAAAAAAAACAAACAAACGAUGCAGCAGUGUGCGAUCCAACAAAGCGCAACUGGAAGCAGCCGUGAGGAUUUGCAGAGCUCUUUUUCGGUUAUGGUUACAGAUCGGAGAGAGACGAUGGUCUGCCCGAAACCGCGUCGUCUGGGUCUGUUAAACACUUCUUUCGACGACCACCCAGUUAGGUCCCUCAGAUGGCAAAUUAGCCAUCAAACAGAGCUUUGUGAUUCUAAAGCAGGGAGCGGUAUUCUGGAUAUGAUUCUUGCGAAGGGUGGUUGUAGAGUGGAACAAGUAGAGCCGUCGGCUCCAUUUUUUUGUGGCUCGCCACCGAGCAGAGUAGCUAACCCGUUAAUACAAGACGCUAGAUUUGGGGAUGAGGUCAUCUCACCACUGACGCGUCCGUCCGGCCUGCCGUCGUCGUCUCCGUCUCCGUCGUCCUCUUCAAGGAAAGGAGGCUGCGUUCGAGCAAAUUUUGGUAACAAGCCAGCAGUGAGAGUCGAGGGGUUCGAUUGCCUCAACAAGGAUCGGCGAAAUUGCAGCAUCCCAACGCUGGCGUAGAACAUCUCAAACAACAAAAGGGGUACAUAGAUAAAACUAAGAGAAAUUUUUUAAGGGUCUGUGAGUGACUAAAAAAGGACAAAGAACCCUUUCUUUAGUGUUAAAUGGGUAAAGAGAAGGGGUUUCUUUGCAUAUAAUCAAAACGGUGGCGUCUUGUAAGUAUAUUAGUUUCUUCAAAAGAAAGGAAUUUUGUACAAAAAGGAGAUCAAGAUGGUAAUCGAGUCAUUUGAGUAAAACAGUCGAUAGUGUAUAUAAAAAACGAUUUGUGGUUUGACUUUUAA